AUGGUCGUCACUGAUAAAGGUCAGCACAGGAAAGCAUGGUUGGAUGUAGUGCAGAAAGGCACUGGAGGUUGGAAGAAGAUUGUAAAAGCCUUCGGGAAUGAUAUUUUGUUGGGAAGUGGAGAAAUUAACAGAGCUCACUUAGGGCAAAUUGUAUUUUCGGACCCAUCAAAACGUCAGCUUCUAAACCGUCUUCUGGCGCCACAUAUUUCUUGGGGCAUAAUGUGGGAGAUAGCAAAGCUAUGGAUGAAAGGAUGCAAGGUUAUCAUCCUGGACAUCCCGCUGUUGUUUGAGAUCAAGAUGGAUCGGUGGACAAAUCCAGUAAUUGUGGUCUGGGUUAACCCAGAAACCCAGAUUCAGAGGCUGAUGUCAAGAGACGAGUGCUCUAAAGAACAAGCGCAGAGCAGGGUCAACGCACAACUUGCGUUGGACCGGAAGAAGUCGGAAGCCGACAUAGUGAUCGAUAGCUCUAGAUCACUGGAUAACACCAGACAACAGUUCCGUGAAGUGUUGAGGAAAGUCUCUGAGCCCUUAACAUGGAAGGAACGCUUGUGA